AUGGGAUUUUUGGUCGCAUUUGUGAUACUUUUGGCUACUGUAGCGGGGUAAGUUUUCAGACAUUUUCUUUCUUAAAAAAUGUUUAUAUUCCAGUUAUUUCAAGUGGCUUCACACGUAUUGGAAGCGAAAAGGAAUAAACGGCCCGGCUGGACUUCCGUUUAUUGGCAGUUUUUACGACGUUGCCGAUGUACACAGACCAAGAGGAUAUCUUCUUCACAAAUGGACACAGGUGACUUUAUUAACAAGAUUGGGCUAUUGAUUAUUGAAGUUGGUUAAGAAAACAGUAACUUUUUUUGCUGACUCCGCACAGUUCCUCUUAUUUUCAGCAAUUUGGAAAAGUAUUUGGAUACUAUGAAGGAGCAGUUCCAAUACUCGUUGUCAGUGAUCUGAAUAUGCUUCAAGAACUGUUCGUCAAGAAGUUUGACAAUUUUUACGCUCGAAAGUCUACUAAUUUGAUUCAUGGAAACCUGGAAAAUUCAGUGGAAGAACCCCGAAUCAACCUUUUCACUGCACGAGGAGCCAGAUGGAAGAGAUUGAGAGCAUUGGCUUCUCCUGCAUUUUCGGUGAAGGCUUUGAAGCAGGUAGGACAAUUCCACACAAUGUUUAUUGAACAUUUAGAGUGUUCAGGUACACAAUGUCAUGGAGGAUAGUGUUAUCAACAUGGUAGACCUCAUGGCCAAGCAUGAUGAUGGAAAACCUUUCAAUAUCCAUGCGUAAGCUGCACUUAUAAGUGCAUUUUAUUAAACUCCACAGUGUUUCAGAUAUUACCAAGAAUUAACAUAUGACAUUAUCUCUCGAUUGGCCAUGGGGCAACCCAAUUCCGAGCUAUUCAAUAAUAAUGGAAUUGGUAUCACAAAAGCAGUACGUUUCCUUCAGUAAUUUAAUCACCGAUAUUGUAUUUCUCUAGAUUUUCAACCGAACUUAUCGUGUCCUUCCUUGGUACCUUGCCGUUCUCUUUCCUCAAUUUGAAUUCAUGGUCAAACGUCUGUUUUUCAAUCAUGAAAACGUUCAAGGCGGUGAUGUCGGCAAGUUAUUGAAAUUCUGUAGUGACGCUGUGUCGAGCAGAAUGAAAGAACGAGUAAGUGAAAAUUCUAGAAAAAGUAUAACCAUGCAUUUUUUUCAGGAAGAAAAUGCUGCGCUCGGUAUUCAGAACACUGAAAACGAUUUCAUUGACAUGUUCCUCAAUUACUAUUCGGAGCAAGUGGAGGACAUUGAAUACGGAAGUACUGUAGAGAAGAAAGUGACAUCCGAAGAUGUGGUUGGCGCGUGUUUCGUAUUCCUACUUGCCGGAUUUGACACAACUGCUAACAGCUUAGCCUAUGCAUCGUAUCUUUUGGCGAAAAAUCCGGAUAAGAUGAGAUUGGUACAAGAAGAACUAGAUAACGUUCUGAAAUCUCCAAAUGUUUCGCACGAUGACACUGGAAAAUUGAAAUAUCUGGAUGCUGUGAUCAGAGAAGCUCUCAGACUUUACCCGGUUGCCUGGUUGUGAGUCCUUCGAGUUUAUAUUACCUAUUUUUCUUUUUGUUUUUUGUUUCAGUGCUUGCUCGAGAGAAUGCGUCAAACCAACAACUCUAGGCGAUGUGCACAUUGACAAGGGCGUGAAAAUUGAAGCAGAUGUUAUGUCGAUCCAUCAUAGCAAAGAAAUUUGGGGAGACAACGCAUUGGAGUUUGUGCCUGAAAGGUUGGGUCACGAAUUUACAGUUUGUCAUCUAAAAGUAGAUUAAUUUAAGAUGGAUAGAUGCUUCAAAUCGCCAUGUCAUGUCUUGGAUUCCAUUCGGCGCAGGUCCACGUCAAUGCGUUGGAAUGCGUUUAGGCCUUGUAGAAUCAAAAACUGCACUUGCACACGUGCUCCGCCGCUAUGAUUUGGUUGCUGGCCCUGAAACUGAGGUAAGACUCUCUCUCUGAAUUAUCUUCAAAGUACGUAUUUCAGAAAGAACUUCGCACUCAAGGAUGCACCGCCACGUCUCCGGAAGCAGUAACUUUGUACCUGAAGUCUAGAUUCUAA